UGCUAUGGAGCAGCCAUGAUGGGAGCCAGCAGGACGAGGAGGACGUCUCAGCAGCAGAGAGCAGGACAGGAAGGAUGAGCUGGACCUGCCUGCGUUUUAUAAGAGGAACUUCUUUUCUUCCACCAGCAUGAGUGAAAAUCACAAACUCUAACAAGUGAAUCUUUACGAGGUUAAUAAAAAAGCUCCUGGGAUCCGACAGCUGAGAUGAUUGUCGGUUCAAACGUCCUGAUUGUCGUCUUCUUCUUCCGAUUGUUUCAAUUCGACUAAACCUGAGAUCAAACAGCAGCGACGAUUGUGUUCCACCUAUCAGCUUGGACCUCACGGAGAUUAUAGCCCAGAAGUCGGCGUCAGUACUUUUAAUCUGGGAUUAGAUUCGUUUUGGACGUCUGUGAUAAGAUGAUGAACCAAAUGCAUCCUGGACUGAGCUCUGAAACCACAGAGAAAGCUCGGCUGGAGCUGAACGAAAACCCCGACACUCUGCAUCAGGACAUCCAGCAGGUGCGGGACAUGAUUGUAACGCGGCCGGACAUCGGUUUCCUUCGGACGGACGAUGAAUUCAUCCUCCGCUUCCUCAGAGCCAGAAAGUUCGACCACAUGGAGACUUUCCGCCUGUUGGCCCAGUACUUCCAGUUCAGACAGCAGAACCUCGACAUGUUCCAGAGCUUCAAGGUGGACGACCCCAGCAUCAAGCGAGCCCUGAUGGACGGUUUUCCAGGAGUUCUGGAGACUCCAGAUCAACACGGGAGAAAAAUCCUGAUCCUGUUUGCUUCCAACUGGGACCAGAGCAGGAACUCCUUCAUAGACAUCCUGCGGGCCAUCCUGCUGUCUCUGGAGGUCCUGAUAGAAAACCCGGAGCUGCAGAUCAACGGCUUCACGCUCAUCAUCGACUGGAGUAACUUCUCCUUCAAGCAGGCCUCCAAGCUGACGCCCAACAUCCUGAAGCUGGCCAUCGAGGGUCUCCAGGACAGUUUCCCCGCUCGAUUCGGAGGGAUCCACUUCGUGAACCAGCCCUGGUACAUCCACGCCAUGUACACCAUCAUCAAACCCUUCCUCAAGGACAAGACGCGCAAAAGGAUCUUCCUUCAUGGGAACAACCUGAACUCUCUCCACCAGCUCAUCCAGCCCGAGUGUCUGCCGUCCGAGUUCGGGGGGACGCUGCCGCCGUACGAUAUGGGGAUGUGGGCGCGGACCCUGCUGGGCCCCGAAUAUAACGACGAGACGGAGUAUACGCUGACGUACGACGCUCUGCACGUCCGGGAGAGCUGUGGGGGAGGAGGGGGAGACAAGGACAUGAUGAAGAGGUCUCAGUCGACGGUGGAAGCUGCAGCUCUGCGACAGAUGGACAGAGAGACCAGCACCCCCCUGCUGGCUCUGGACUGAACAGAACCUGGAACCGACGGACAGCGUGAAGCAGACAUUUAAACGCAGACAGAACUUCUUUAACGCCACAGAACCGUUUCGCCAUGAACUGGA